UCAACAUUUUGACUUCACUUUGAACUAAUUUAACCCAAAUCAUUGGCUUUUGAAGUGACUCAUAAAAUUUCCUGGGGUUUUCAGUUUUGGGUUCGUUUUUCUGUUCUUCUUUUGUUGAAGCAAAAAGGGUGAAAGUCAUGGGUGAGAAUAAUCAGAUAAUAGGAGAAGAUGAUUACAUUUUGUUGAAGGAUUUCAAAGUGGAAACUGAAGUUGAUGAAGAAAAGGGUUUUAUACUAUGUUUCUGGGUUUAUAUUUUCAACUCUAAUGCCUUUCCUUCCACCAUUCUUAAACAGGUAUAUGCAGAGACUAACAGCAGUCCUCCUUUACUUGUUCUUGAUGAAAAGACAUUGAUGAUUUUUCCAUUGACUUGUCUACUCAAUGAAGCCCUUGGUUCUGGAAACACUGAUUUACCUUCAGAAGUUCCUAAAGUGUCCGCAGAGAUUGAACACCCUCAAAACAACUGGAUACAUGUUGGAUAUGAGGUUUCUUCUGAUUUUGUGCGGCUUUACAUUAAUGGGGAGAUUGCAGGAGAGCUGCAUCUCUCCUCCUUGUCAAAUGACAACUCCAUGCCAAAUGGUUCUAGGAAGAGGACAUUAAUUGGUAUUACUGGUGAUAGUAAUUUGCAGGGCUUUAUCCAUGAUGCAAAAGUCUUGCUUUCAACCUUGUCUAUAAAGGAGCAGUAUGUUAAGGAUCCACCUCUAAGGUUGUCAAUUGAUGAGUCUUCCAUCUCUGAUAUUGAAGAAGACAAUGGCUUUUGGAAUAUUGUCGGUGGCAAGGCAUCUUGCCGCAGGAUAUUUUCCUUGGAUGUUCUUCUAUUGAACACCUUUGGCCAACCAGUAAACAAGGAACUAGAGGUUGUUGCAUCACUUUUGUAUGCUCAUAACUGGUUACCUGUAGAGAAGACAAAUGAUGAAGAACCUCCUCUUCUAGCUAGCUGUGAUGGAAUUGAAUUUGCCUCUUGUGAUCGACCUUGUAAACUAUCCAAAGGCCGAGCUUCCUUUAAGCUGAAGAUCUCGAAGGUGCUCUCGUCCAAGUGUGAUAAUAGGCAGUUCUGCAUUAAGUUUGGUGUAUCAAAAUUGGAGGGAUAUCGUUUCCUUGAGGACUUCUCCCCUUCAAUUCGGUGCAUCUCUCGCAAUCGUACUCCAAGGACAUCUACUAUUGUUUGGAAAAAAAUCUCUGCAGUUCAUCCAGUCAAUGGAUCUCAACCAUUUGGCUUAGAUGAUAGUUCUUGUGAACCUAAGCACAAUAUUGUACAUGAAGCAAAACUCAGUCCAACAUCAAAGAGGGUUAGAUUGGGAGAAGCAAAGAUUUCUGCGGUUGACCAACACAGUGAAGAAUGCAAUUCUCUUGCCUCGAAGCAGAAUCAGGUUGAGAAUGGUUUUGGGUCAAGAUUGGAGGCAAGGCCUGAGAAUUUUGAAGAAAUGAAUACUUCCCUAUCCGAUUCAGAGAGCACUGGGGCCCGAGAUUCAGCUUUAAAGAGUGUGUCAAGCAGGGGACAUUCAGUUCCGGAUGUAACAAUUUUUAGGUACUGCCUGGGGGGCUUGACUGAUAGGUCUCUUUUGCUCAAGGAAAUUGCAACAACUGUUUCGGAUGAAGAAAUUUCAGGAUUCGCAGAACAGGUUUCCCUGUACUCCGGAUGUUCUCACCAUAGGCAUCAAAUAAAAAUGGCAAAGAGAUUGAUAGACGAGGGAACGGUAGCCUGGAAUUUGAUAUCACAAAACAACAUUCAAGUUCAAUGGGAGAGUGCAGUUUUUGAGAUCGAAGAGCAAUUCAUGAAGAUUGCUUCCUGCUCAUCUAGAUCUCUUACCCAACAGGACUUUGAGCUUCUGCGGAAAAUUGCGGGAUGCCAAGAAUACAUGGCCCAGGAAAACUUUGAGAAGAUGUGGUGUUGGUUAUACCCUGUAGCUUAUACAUUAUCUAGUGACUGGGUAAAUGAAAUGUGGAAUUCUACAUCCCCAAAGUGGAUAGAAGGAUUUAUAACCAAGGAAGAAGCUGAACUCUCACUUCAAGGUUCCAGAGGCCUGCAAGAGCCUGGGACAUUUAUACUUAGGUUUCCUACUUCUAGGAGUUGGCCCCACCCCGAUGCCGGUAGCUUAGUUGUGACAUAUGUUGGCACUGAUUACUGUCUUCACCACAAGCUGCUUUCCAUUGAUAAUGUAUAUAGUUCUGGAGUACGGGAAAAGAAUGUCAAAGUGAAGCCAUUGCAAGAUAUGCUAUUGGAAGAACCCGAGCUUUCUAGAUUAGGAAGGAUAAUGAGACGCCACUGACCUUUAUUCGGAUGUAGCAUUGCAUUUACAUGUUUGGUUUGCAGUGACCAUUCAUAAAUUUUGCUGUGACUACCCUGUUGCUAGUUCUUUUUUCCUACUUCGAUCUGCUCAAGUCUUUUAUGAUAUAAUUAAAUGUAAAAAUAUAUGUAAUAGUAGAAGCCAAGACAGGAUAUUGUAAAAUUGAUCAUUUUGUUUCUAAUGACCAUUUGUUCUCAUCUUUUUUCAUUUUUCAUAAA